ACGACGUGCGAUGUUUGUUUAUAACAAUAUGAGAAGCAGGUGAUAGUGAACAAUUGCAGGUAGUAAUAUGAAAUAACUGCCGGCAGAAAAAUUAUAAAGCUAUGUCAGAUCCAGAAGAUGAGGUAAAACAGGGGCCUUUCCUGUUUGGCCGGGACGUAUCUAAAAUACCAUGUUUUCGAAAUACUUUCCUGUAUGGAAUCACCAGUGGUUUUGGUGCUGGACUUACAUACUUUCUCUUCACAAGCCGGACAACAACAUCAUCACAUGUUGCUGCAGGAACAUUUGUUGGAGUUUCCUUGUCGUACUGGAUUUACUGCCGGUUAAAUUGGUCAAAACAGAAAUUUGAAUAUCAGAAACUUAAAUACGCUAUGAAGCAACAAAUGCUCUAUGAAGGUACUGAAUUAGAGGAGAAACUAAAAGAUUAUGCUAAGAAACUGGAAGAAAGUGAGAAGUUAAAAUAAUUUUCAGGGAUUUUGCCAUCAAGUUAUUUAUUUUAUAUUUUUACUGUACACUAGUUAUGCAAAGUGAAACAUUUUCUUUGUUACCAAGUGAAUUUUUCAUUCUUUGUUAACAAGAUAAUUUUUCAUAUCAAUAUUUUUGUAAAUGAUUGUAAGUUGUAAUCAUUUGUUUCUGAUUUAAUAUGCUUUCUCUAAAGGCUCUCCUGUCAAGUAAUAUUUGUGACAUAUUUGUAUAGGACAUGUUUCAUUAGAGAAAUGUUUUGGAAUACGAGGUCUUUUCACACUUGCUGUUUAAGAUGUAUAGCCCAUGUUCCAUUGUUAUAAAUAUAAACAAACAAUUUUAAACU